UUUUGUGUUUUAUGCCGCGAGUGGUACUCAUGCUCCAUGACGAAUACACGUACACGAUUCUACCUAGCACAGGCGUUCCUUGGUCAACGAAAACCAAUUACACCUUUUGGUAUCUUCCGUUCACAGCAUAGAGCAAGCAGUUCUUACGCUUUACGUCAAGUUGAUCUAUGGAUUAAUGUACAAAUAUUUGACGCCGUGGCCACUGUGUAGAGUGGACUAGCAUACGCCAACUAAGUCCUGCAACGUUACAGUUGGCAACCUACAGCACGGCACAGUGAAGUGCAUUGCUUCUGUUUGAAGAUGGGGCCUUUGCAGUAGUUUCUUCGAGGGAGGGUUAAGCAGGAGCAUGGCUUGCCCUGUCCAGUUCCUAUGCCGGGCAGUCCGCACAGUGGGCCUGGUCCUUUUUUACUAUGUCUUCUCCAUAGGCAUCACCUUUUAUAACAAGUGGCUGAUGAAAGGCUUCCACUACCCACUGUUUAUGACGCUGGUCCACCUUACCAUCAUAUUCUGUCUCUCUACUCUAACCCGCUCAGCCAUGCAAUGCUGGACAGGAAAACCUCGGGUCAUGUUGAACUGGACAGACUACCUCUCUAAAGUCGCCCCAGUCGCCAUGGCAACAGCACUUGACAUUGGACUGUCCAAUUGGAGCUUCCUCUUUAUCACCAUCAGCUUGUACACAAUGACCAAGUCUUCGGCUGUGCUGUUCAUCCUCUUCUUCUCAUUAGUUUUUAAACUAGAGGAGCCAAACCCAUAUCUGAUAGUGGUGGUCCUUCUGAUAGCGAGCGGUUUGUUCAUGUUCACAUUUGAGUCAACCCAGUUCAACCUGGAGGGCUUUCUCAUGGUGCUGCUGGCCUCAUUCAUUGGUGGGAUCCGAUGGACUCUCACGCAGGUCCUGAUGCAGAAAGCAGAGCUAGGGCUCCAGAAUCCAGUAGACACCAUGUACCACCUCCAGCCAGUCAUGUUCAUGGGCCUCUUUCCACUUUUCCUCUUUAAUGAAGGGUUAACCCUGAGUACCUCAGAGAAGCUGUUCCGUGUGCAUGAGCUUUCCUCCCUGCUCUACUCUCUUGUCACCCUCAGUAUUGGGGGAUCACUGGCCUUUGGCCUGGGCUUCUCAGAGUUCCUGCUAGUCUCAAAGACCUCCAGCCUCACUCUGUCAAUAGCAGGGAUCUUUAAGGAGGUUUGCACUCUCCUGCUGGCCACAUACCUUUUGGGAGACAGGAUGAGUGAACUUAAAUGGAUGGGUUUUGCUGUCUGUGUUUGUGGCAUCUCCCUGCAUGUGGGUUUGAAGACCUACUGUUCCAAAAGUAGAGGACACACGUUCAGGCAGCUGCCCUUUAAAAACAGCCCAGACCUGGAACUACCACUGUUACACCUGAACCUAGAGGAGGAUGAGUCUUCUGAGGACAAUGAUGGAAAUUAGGAUAUUCUACUAUGAAUCAACUCUGAUGGAAAUUUGGAUAUUCUUCUAUGAAUCAAUUCUCAUGGAAAUUAGGAUAUUCUACUCUGAAUCAACUCUGACAACUGAGGGUUCACGCUCCGGAGAGGCCGCAUCCAAAACCCAUUGCUGACCAUAAACAGCAGUAAAAACCGCAACUGUACCAAAUGUAUUGUUGCAUUUUUAGGGUCUGUUAGUGAUGUAUAAAUGAAAUCUUUCCCUUAUGAUGUAUGAAUUGACCAAACCUCACUGUGCCUUGAUAAUGACGGAAAUGAUUUAUAGAAAUAGGGGACCAUUUACAGCAGGGCAGUUGAACUUCUGGUUUCUGUUUCUACCUGGUAGUAAAUGGCACUCACCCUGGUGUCCCAGGUCUGCAUUAGUGCCUGAUAAAAUGGAAAAUAUGAAAACCAGAAGUGUUUUGGCCCUCCAGGACAUGAGUUGAAUAGUCCAGAAAAAAUAAAGAUAUCCACUGAAAAAAUGUAUAUGAAUAUUUGAGCUAAAUUCUGACUGUAUUAGUUAAUAAAGGUAACCAAAUUUAACGUUUAUUAAUGUAGCUUUGAAACAAUUUAUGUAAUAACCAGAACGAUUUAGUACACCCAUGUUUUUACUAACAAUUAAAUUAAGUAAAAUUUAAAUCAGGUGCACCAAAACAGGCGCAAAUGGUUAACUUAAAAGGGUCCAAGGUUAGAAACGUGGAAUUUAGCUCAAUUAUUCUUGGGUCCAUAUUAAAAAAUUUAAACUUUCCAGGCAAUGUUCUUUUUCACCAGACUGUUUAUUUUUUUUUACCAUUCCAUUUUUAUUUACAGCAACAACCUGGGGAUGUUCUGUUUACUGUCAAAUAAAAAUAAUUAUGAAUAGGUAACUAUUUAAUUUAUUGUGAAGGAAUUCCACAGCAUAUUCUGCUGAUAAAAUCUUG